UCGCUCGCUGUCACUUUUUUUAAAUUGCAUUGGACUUCGAACUCGUAGAAGUAUUUUGUUUUUAUCAAUUUUAUUAUAAUAUAAGUGUAAUAAUCAGUUAAAUUAAGUGCAAAUAUGUCUCGAGUUUUAGUUGGAGUUAAGCGAGUUAUCGACUAUGCUGUUAAAAUUCGCGUGAAACCAGACAAAUCUGGUGUGGUUACCGAUGGCGUGAAACACUCUAUGAACCCUUUUGAUGAGAUAGCGGUAGAGGAGGCUGUGAGAAUGAAGGAGAAGAAAUUGGCCAGUGAAGUGAUUGCGGUGUCUUGUGGCCCUGCACAGGCACAGGAAACACUUAGGACUGCUUUGGCUAUGGGAGCUGAUAGGGCUAUCCAUGUUGAGGUGGCAGGUGCAGAGUAUGAGACUUUGCAGCCCUUGCAUGUUGCUAAAAUAUUGGCAAAACUCACCAAAGAUGAAAAAGCUGAUAUUGUCAUUGUUGGAAAACAGGCGAUUGAUGAUGAUUCCAACCAGACUGCUCAGAUGACUGCUGCCAUGUUAGACUGGCCACAGGGUGUAUUUGCAUCAAAGGUAGAGAAAAGCGACAGUGGUCUGACGGUGACGCGCGAGAUCGACGGAGGUCUGGAGGUGGUGAAGACCAAGUUACCGGCCGUGCUCAGCGCCGACCUACGUCUCAACGAGCCCAGAUACGCCACCUUACCAAACAUCAUGAAAGCCAAGAAGAAGCCUCUAAAAAAAAUCUCAGCCAAAGACCUCGGUGUGGACUUAUCGCCCAGAAUCAAAGUGGUGUCAGUAGAAGACCCGCCAGUACGUCAAGCGGGCUCUGUAGUUCCAGAUGUCGAUACUCUUGUAGCUAAACUUAAAGAAGGCGGCCAUGUUUGAUUGAGCCGAACGGCAGAUUUCUGCUGUCACGCAAUGUAAAAAGAUUCUGUUGUAUAGCAUGUUGUUUAAGGAGAAGUGUGUGAAUAUAGUAGUAAAAUUUGUUUCAAUUAUACACCAUACAUAUUUUCAUAGUUGUUUUUCUAUUAUUUUACCUUAUCA